AUGGAUCUGCAUGCAGGUUUUGUGGCAAUAAUCGGGAAACCAAACGCUGGGAAAAGCACCCUGCUCAAUGGUAUCUUGGGACAGAAGCUGUCCAUUGUGACACCAAAGGCACAGACGACGCGCCAUCGCAUCAUCGGCCUCCAUUCUGAGGAGAGCUUCCAAAUCAUCUUCCUGGACACUCCCGGUGUCCUGCGAGAGCCCAGCAUCGCUGAGCCGUUGAACAUGCUGGAUCAAAGAAUGAUGCAGAACGUUCGACAGGCCACGAAAGACGCAGAUGCAGUGCUGGCGAUAGUGGAUGGCAAUGACAGAGCGGAGGAAGCUCUGCCUCUGCUGGCGCCUUACUGCCGCAAGGGAUCUGUGCCGCUUGCGGUUGUCUUGAACAAGGUCGAUUUGCUCACCGCCCUGAGACUACGGCAGCUCGUCGAGUACUUUGAGUUGCAGCCAGGAAUUGAUGCCGUCAUUCCUGUGUCGGCUCUAAAAGGCAGAAACUUGAAGGAUGUUGAGGAGUGGGCGGUGUCCCACCUUCCAGAGGGGCCAGCCUUGUAUCCCAAGGAUGCAGUGAGCGACCAUCCAGAGAGGUUCUUUGUGGGGGAGAUUGUCCGGGAGAAAAUCUUCCAGCUCUACAGGGAAGAGAUUCCAUAUUGCAGCACGGUGCAAGUCCUGGAUUACAAAGAGCGGGCCGUGGGCAAGGAUCUUGUGCAGGUUGCUGUGUAUGUGGAGCACGAGUCCCAGAAAGGCAUCAUGGUAGGCAGGGGCGGCAGCGCACUGAAAGCCAUGGCUACAGCUGCACGAGCCGACAUUGAAGCUUUUGUAGGACGACCAGUCUACCUUGACAUCACCGUCAAGGUCAAGGAAAAGUGGCGGAAGAAUGAGGAAGCAUUGACCAAUCUAGGCUACUGA